AGCCGCAGGAAUAUGCUGGAAGGCGGCGGGCGGGCGCCCGCGAGGUGCUGAAGGGACAGUUCCCGCCGCCGAACUUAGCCCGCGGGUGGGGCGGCCCGGGAGCCAGCGGGGCACGUGAGCGAUGGAGACCAUCUGGAUCUACCAGUUCCGCCUCAUCGUGAUCGGGGACUCCACCGUGGGCAAGUCCUGCCUCCUGCACCGCUUCACCCAGGGCCGCUUCCCCGGGCUGCGCUCCCCCGCCUGCGACCCCACCGUCGGCGUGGACUUCUUCUCCCGCCUGCUGGAGAUCGAACCGGGCAAGAGGAUCAAGCUGCAGCUCUGGGACACGGCGGGACAGGAGCGGUUCAGAUCAAUAACUCGAUCUUAUUACCGCAACUCAGUUGGUGGAUUUUUAGUAUUUGACAUUACUAACCGACGAUCUUUUGAACAUGUGAAAGAUUGGCUAGAAGAAGCAAAAAUGCACGUACAGCCAUUUCGGAUUGUAUUUCUGCUAGUGGGACAUAAAUGUGAUUUAGCUUCACAACGCCAAGUUACAAGGGAAGAAGCUGAAAAACUGUCAGCAGACUGUGGAAUGAAGUAUAUAGAAACCUCAGCAAAGGAUGCUACAAAUGUUGAAGAAUCCUUCACAAUCUUGACAAGAGACAUAUAUGAACUUAUUAAAAAGGGAGAAAUUUGUAUUCAGGAUGGCUGGGAAGGAGUUAAAAGUGGUUUUGUUCCAAAUACUGUGCAUUCUUCUGAGGAAGCAGUAAAGCCCAGGAAAGAGUGCUUCUGCUGACUUCAAACAUGCCAAAGAACUAACAGGAACAGAUUGGGUGUCAUUUCAGGAUAAAUACCAACAUUAACAGCAGAAUGAUGCAAUAAAGCAUUUAAAAAGGUUACAAACCCACACUAAUACUAUUUUGUAAGGCAUUUGAUUCAGAGCACUAUGCUCACUUGUUACACUACCAGAUUGGGUAUUUUGCUAAAUUAUCAGGCAAAGCGGCCAACGUUUUUCUUGAAACUGGAAAAUCUACGUAGUUACCUCCAUUCUUACUUUGUUAGCAUACACUGACCUUAGUGUCCAGGUAUGUCAAUAUUACUCAUUUUUCUUGACAGUUUGAAUGGAUUUUUGUACAUAUAUAGUCAACUGAAAAGAUUGUAUCAGGAAUUACGUUCUCUUGAGUUAAUAUUGAAUUCCAAAGUGCAUUUAAAUAUGUAUGCACUGUUCACCUGCAGAGUAAACAAUCUCAGAAAUAUUCACUAGGACGUAAAUAGCAGUUCCUUGUUUAAGGUACCAGGCUUUUUCCCCAUUCUUUGGAAAUGUUUGUCCUCCCUUAAUUUUGCCUCAACACAAGAAAAUAAGUUUUAUGUUCAUUUUUGUUCCCUAAUUUAUUACUCCUAAAAAUGCAUUAUGUUUUACAAAGAUAUCUAAGGAUUAAGCAAAAUAUUUUAAGCAAAUAUUUGUAAAAUUUAAAACAGAGGACUGCUCAUCAAAUGUUUCCUUUUCCUUUUUUUUUUUUUUUGAGACAGGAUUUUGUUUUGUCGCCCAGGCUGGAGUGCAGUGGCGAUAUCUUGGCUCCCUGCAACCUCUGUUUCCUGGGUUCAAGCGAUUCUCAGUACCUUACCUCAGACUCCUGAAUAGCUGGAACUGCAGACGUGUACCACCACGCCUGGCUAAUUUUAGUAUUUUUAGCAGACAUAGGCUUUGUCCAUGUUGCCCAGGCUGGUCUCCAACUCCUGGCCUCAAGCAAUUCACCCACCUUGGCCUCCAAAGUGCUGGGAUUACAGGCAUGCACUGCCAUGCCUUAUCUAAAUAUGAACAGUAUACUGUAACAGUAGCAAAUGUUCUGCUGUUACAGUAUACUGUUCAUAUUUAGAUAAGAAAAAUAAAAUUUAUUUAUAUAUUGACAUUUUCAAAAAAUAAAUGCAAUUUACCUUGAA